AUGCCACGCCGGAAACGCGCUGGAGAAGCGGGGGCGGCGGUUGGGGUUGGGAGUGGCCGUCAAGACAAUGGAGAGCAUGAUGAUGAUGGUGAGAAUGCGGCCCGCGUUGUAGGCGAGGCGAAGACGUGCCACCGCAAUGAUGUGGCGUCCAGCGCAUCCAAUUCAUCCCGCACAGAGACAACAGCCACAACGAGCACAUCGUGGACCUGGGAUGCGCAGACGGAGAGAGUGGACAGGCUGGCAGCAACAGCCGACGCCAUCAUCCAAGAGCUGCUCAACGCAGACACGGUGGGCAGCGUCAGCGUUAAGGGAGUUCAGGAUGAGUAUGAGCACACAAUCUCCUCGCAACGCAAGCAGCUUGACACCUUGUACCAUUGGCUCGCCGAACACGCACCCGACGGCUCAUGGAAGGAGGGCCUCGAUGCAGAGUCGCUCAGUAACAUUGCGGUUGUGGAAGGCCUGCACGGGCGCAUCGCGGAGCUGCGGAGAAAGCUGAGGGCCGCCAACGCCGCCAACAAGGAGCAGCAGGACGACAUUGCGCAUCUGAAGCAGCAGCUGGAAGCAGCAGAGCAGGCCGCCGCCGCCGCCAAGAAGGAGGCCGAGGUGCUCCGGGCAGAGUCGCUCAAGCAGGAAGAGGCGGCAGCAGCAGCGGCAGCAGCGACCAACGGCGACACCAAGCGCCUCGCAGCCGAACUCGCCGCCGUCAGGGACGAGCUGCACCACAGCAAAGAGAUGCGGACGAAAGAGCGCGAGGCAUUUGAACAGCGUCGAAGCGAGCUGGAGGAGGAAAUGAGGGAGAGCAAGGAAACACACCAGGUAGCCGUGGCGGCGCACAAGGAACGCGUUGCCACGCUACAAGCCAUGGUGGACGAGCACCAAGCAGCCGCUGCCGCCACUCAGCGCACGCAUGACAGUGACGUGGCCUCACUCAUCAGCACCAUCGCGCAGCUCAAUCAACGGCUCAAUGCAGCGGCGGAGGAGGCUGAGAAGGACGCAGCGGCGAGCGCGGAGAAGCAGCGCAAGACGCAAGGUGCGCUUGAGGAGACGCAGAAAGCUCUUGAGGACGCGCGGAAGGGCGCUGAUGCUGCAAGGCGGGAGCUUGAGGAGGCGAAGCAGGCGCAUGCCGGGGAGGUGAAGCGGCUUGAGGGCGCUGUUGCUGAGGCAGCGCGGGAGGAGGAAGCGCUGCGGGCGCAGCAGAAGAAGCUGCAGGAGCUGCGGGAGGAAGACAAGCGAGCCAUGGACGAGGCACUUGCGGAGAGCAAGGCGACGCACGGCAAGGUGCAGGGCGAGCUGAAGGACCGCAUUGCGGAGCUCGAGCGACGCCUCGACGCCACCAGCGAUGACAGCAAGCACCGUGAAUCCGAGCUUGCAAGCAAAGCACAGGACCUUGAGCAGCAGCUGGCAGCCCUUCGUGCCGUCAGUGAGACAGACAAGGCCAACCUUACGCGGCUGGAGUCUGAAGCCGCAUCCAGUGCUGAUGAGAUUGCGCGCCUUCAAGCACGUGUUGAUGAGCUGACACGUGCGCUGAGGGCGUGCGAGGAGAGCAAGCAGGACGAAGGCAACGCGCGCGCUGCCGCUGCCCAGGCAGAGAACCGGCGCCUGUCGCAGCAGGUUGCCGAGCUUGAGGCCAAGGCCCUUGCCCUGGAGGCACAGGUGGAGCAGCAACGGCGGGAGUGGGCGGCAGCGGUGGAGGAAGAGGCUGCAGCAGCCGCACAGCUGCGCACAGACCUGCAGGAGGCGAUGGCACGCGCGGCGCGGGCGGAGGAGGAGGUUGCGGCCGCACACCAGGAGUUGGAGGACAUGCGGCCCGCAGCCGAGCAGGUGGCGGCGCUGACGGCGGAGUUGGAGCAGACGCGUGCGCUGCUUGCGGAGGCGAGGGAGGAGAUUGCGCGGCUGCAGAAGGAACUUGACGCGCUGCGGGAGCGGUUGCAGCGGCGGGCGUCGUCGACAUCGUCGUCGUCGUCCAGGGUGGCGCGGUCCCCACGCCCGGAGACGCCAUCGCGGCGGCUGAGCAGCGCGUUUGUCAAGGCGUCGAAGGACGCGGUGCACAGGGCGGUGUCUGACGUGCUGCAGAAGCACGGGCUUGGGGACGAGCACGUGUCGUUCCUUGGCCGGGGCAAGUACCGGUUCCUGUAUGGAAACGACUUCAAGGUGGUGAAUGUGGCGCAGCGCGGCAACAACUUCAUGGUGCGUGUUGGCGGGGGCUGGGUGUCGCUUGACGAGUUUAUUCGGGAGUACGUGGAGAAGCACCGCUACCACUACCAGGACGCCAGCCUCGAAGACACGCCCGCCUUCAAGUUCAGCAAGAAGCACCACGAUGACGUGCAGCACACACGCUCCCACAUCAAGCAGCUGAGGGCGAACACUGCCUCAUCACCACGCGCCUCCCAAACUACAGGCGAUGCUGAUGAUGAUGCUCACCGCUCGCUCCCACCUCCCGCGCCAAACUUUGAUGAUGCUGUUGCUGACACUGAUACGUCAACACCAGGCCCUGUCACCGACACUGAUGGCACUCAUGGUCGUCGAGGCGGCACGAUGAGCCGUGAACUGCAGCACAACAACAAUCGUGGUGGUGACGCUGAUGUGAGCGAUGAGGAGGACAUGCUGCUGUUCAACUACGACAAUUAG